UUUUCGUUACUAUUGUCUUCUCAUAUUCCAACACUCAUGUGUCCAAUUUCACCAUCUUCUUUCUCAUUUUUAUUCUUUCGCUGCAAGAAAAUUUUGUGUUUCUUUAUGAAUCAAAGAAUGAACACCAUCAUCAACAACAACAACGAUUCAGUUGAGUCUUCAAUCCUGAUUAACUCGGAUGGUUCUAGAAAUGGAGGUUCUGAGUACGUUGAUUUUAGCUUUGCCUUCAAUGAUUCUAGUUUUUCGGAUAGAAUCAUUCAUCUUGAAAUCAUGAACGAUUUCAUUGAAGUUUGCCCUAAUGUCGAGACUUCUUCCACAAGUGCCGAAUGGACUAGCUGCAACGGAAGGAGAAGGGAAGACAUUCAUAAAGACAAUGAUUUAUUAUCUGACCAACCUGCUGUAGACAACUGUGCGCAGUGUGAGCCUCAUGAUGCAGAGGCGGAUGCAAUGGUUGAAGCGUCCACCGCCGGCGAUGAGGCUGUAAAUCUUCACAUGGACUACUCUGCAGUCGUUAAAGUGAAGACAGUGUAUGUCAACUCCGCCAUCCUAGCUGCGAAGAGCCCGUACUUCUAUAAGCUCUUCUCUAAUGGGAUGAGGGAGUCACAGCAGAAGCAUGUCACUCUGAGAAUUUUUGCAUCCGAGGAAGAUCCAUUCAUGGAGCUUCUAGAAUUUAUGUACAACAAACCUCUAAACACAACCUCACUGCCUAGAUUGCUGGACGUCUUGAUAGCAGCAGACAAAUUUGAGGUGGCAACAUGCAAGAUAUAUUGCAGCCAGGUAUUGCAGAAGACACCAAUGACACCGGAGUCUGCGGUGCUCUACCUAGAGCUUCCUUAUACUGUCCUUAUGGAUGAUGAUGUUCGACCAUUGGCUGUAGAAGCAAAAAAGUAUCUCAUUGCUCGUUACAAGGACGUCACAAAGCAUCAGGAGGAGCUGAUGGGAUUGCCACUUGCUGGGGUCAUGGUAUUAUUAUCCAGCGAUGAGCUGCAGGUCACAUCUGAGGAUGAAGUGUACGACUUCGUGCUGAAGUGGGCUCAAACCCAGUACCCAAGACUGGAAGAGAGGAUAGAAAUCCUCAGAGCAAAGCUUAUCCGCCUCAUCCGCUUCCCGUACCUGACUUGCGGCAAGCUGAAGAUGAUCCAGACUUGCAGCGACUUGGACCAUGAAUUCACUUCUAAGCUAGUAUUUGAUGCUUUGUAUUUCAAGGCUGAGGCACCACACCGGCAACGAAUACUUGCUGCUGAAUCGUCUUCCUCUAAUCGCCUCUUCAUUGAGCGGUCAUACAAGUACCGCCCCGUAAAGGUUGUGGAAUUCGAACGUCCACAUCAACAGGGUGUGGUCUACUUAGACCUGAAACGGGAGGAGUGCGCCAACUUGUUCCCCUCUGGCUGCGUCUUUUCACAGGACUUCCAUAUAGGCAGUCAGGGGUUUAUCUUGUCUGCUCACUGCAAUAUGGACAAGCAGAGUUUCUACCAUUGCUUCGACUUGUUCUUGGGCAUGCUGGAGAAGCCAUAUGCCAGCUGCUGUGUCGGUUAUGAAUUUGCUGUUCGGUCGAGGCCAACCUUAGAAUACAUCAGCAAGUAUAAAGGCGACUAUAUAUUAACCGGGGGAAGUGGAGUCGGUUACAGGAACUUUUUUGGCACACCAUGGACAUCGUUCAUGGCAGAGGACAGCGUCUUCUUUAUUAACGGCAUUCUUCAUCUUAGAGUAGAGUUAACCAUCAAAAACCAGCUGGAUUAACAAUAGACUUAUAGUUUGGUAGUUAUUUAGUUGUAAUAUAUUUCAAUUGUAAAUGGUGGCUAGUGAAGCAUAGUUAAACAGCCGGAAAAUGUCCUGCAAAAGUUGUCCUUGUAUGUAUACUGGAAUCAAUGAAUUCAGUUUUGUACAUUUGUUUUUGUUUGGUUGAAGUUGAGUUUGAUUUAGACUUGAA